AUGUCUGACUACGAUCCAUCAAAACGGUUGGGUCUCAGCUGUCCCUACGGCGGGCUAUUCUACAUCUGCAGCACCGAUCCAAGUCGCUUCAUCGGCUGUUGCAGCAUCAACCCCUGCGGAGCAAGAAAGGGACUCUGUCCCGAUCAGCACCUCAACCCAGCGAGCUUCGACAAAGCAUACGGGGGAGAUAUUCUUCCCCAAGCUUGUGUGAAUGACAAUGUCGAUGUUGCAUGGCACACUUGUACUGGAACAGAGCCCCCCUUCCUCGGAUGCUGUGCCGUGGAUCCCUGCCCGAGAGGUAGCUGUCCUCGCAAGGAGCUUCGAGCGGCCAAGCUGAGCGACAAGACCAAGAAUGCGGAGGAGUUUCUGGGGAACGGCACUUACUAUACCCCCGGAUUUCCUAACCCAGGUUUCGACCCAGUCACGAGUCUCAACAUAAGCCCUACUGCUGCAUUGACCACUCUCAUCACAGGCUUCGUUACAUCGUAUACACAACAGACGACUCUUGGGUUAGUAGUCCCCACGCUGAACCCCGAGGAUGGUGGCCGUGGAGGCUCCGAGCACUUGAAUGCAGUAGAGUUAGUUCUAGUGAUCGUCUUUUCCAUUCUUUUCGUCAUAGUCCUCGUUUACACAGGCUACCGCUACCACCGAUGGAAAAAGGCGCGGAGGAUUCAAGAUAACACACCAGAACCAAAGAGCAGGCGUUAUUCCAUUACUAUCGACUCGGACCCUGGAACUGUACCGAAUUACCAAUCACAAGAGACCGGCUUUUAUACAAUCCCUGCCCCUGGCUAUGCAAUUUCUGCGCGCAACGGCUCAGCUCAUACUUACGAUGGGCCAGAAACGCAGCGUACCUUGCAAGUGGUGAAUAGUCCAGUAGCAACAGGGAGUAGCAGUUCUAGUGAGCGUACCUUGAUAAUGAGUAUACGACAUAGUAUCAGAUGGGUGAGGAAGAGUACUUCCGGACGGUCGAGCCAAGUUUCUUGA